GUCUGCCCUUCCUCUGAAGUUCUCUGACAAAAUGAGCGCUAACCAGAUUGGGCUUCUCGACCUUCUUGGCGCGCUGUCGGAGGCGCCAGAACGCGAACGCAGCGGAUCACCUGAAAGAGCUCCUCCAGCCAACUCCUCAUCCCAACCAGAGAGAAUGCCACCAUUCAAAGAUGAGCAUAUUCUCAUAAUUGCGCCAGGAUCGCAAGUGACCCUGGCGCAACUGGGUCUUCCAGAGUCGUUCACACCAGCUCGAUACCGUUUCCCGACGCGAAUGUUCCCGGGCGAAAAGAAGGGUGAAUAUGAACCGUACAAGAUUCGCGAGCGACGACAAGAGAUCAAGGUCGCCAAUGGCUCCGACGCGCCGAAGGAAGAUGUUGAGAUGAAAGACGCCCAGCCAGCCACGCAAGAGGGAGCGGGAAAUGGAGACGCACCGAAGACCGAGGGUACGGACGAGACAAAGACAGAACCUGCUGAAGGCACUGCGGAGGGCGAGAAGGAGGAGGAGAAUGGAGAGAACGGUCAGACCGUCGAGGAGAUUUUCUACGAGGAGGAUGUCGCUUCCCAGGAGGGCGCUGUUUAUCCUAUGGAGAGCGGACGCAUCGUCGAUUGGCCUUGUUUCUUCGCUCUACUCACACACGUCUACAACACCCUUAGUCCGCCCUUUCACACGCCGAUCAUGCUCAUCGCCGAGCCAGUUUGGUCUUUACGCGACAGGGAAGCGAUCACGCAGUUUGUCUUUGAAAAGUUCAAGACGCCUGCGUUCUGUCUGAUGGACUCGGCACUCGCCGUGUGCUAUGGAUAUGGUGUGUCGACUGCCACUGUCAUCGAUGUCGGCAAGGACAAGGUGGAUGUCACUGCCGUCACAGAUUUCCUGAUUAACGAACACGGCCGAGGAAUUGCCUUGGAAGGAUGCGGCGGCGACUACAUGACAGAUCGGCUCUUGGAGCUGCUAGCUUCAAAACGAUUCACUCGGGAUAUGUGCGAACAGCUCAAGCGCAGUAACAUUACGGAGCUUCUACCACAAGGGACUCCGCUACCAGGUACAGCAGCCACCGCACGGCAAGACGGAAAUCAGACCGCGCCCGGCUCUACGCAGAAUGGACCCGAUGGAACCCAGCCCAGAAUUCCGAAUGGGAAUAGCGAGGGCGAUGAGGACGAGGGUGUCUUGGAUGUAGCCGCUAUUGUCAGCGGCAACACCAGUGAAUUCCUCGCGAAUCGGGAAAAGGAGAAGACCGUGACGAAGAAGGGUGCAGAUCAGUCCGCAAAGCCUGUCCGUCUUCCAAACUCGAAGAAGGAGAAGGCUACCUUCCAGUACCACGAGUUUGUGAAGCUAGAGCCGGAGAAGGAUGCACCAAGCGGCCCAGGGCGGUUCAUUCGCCAGGCCAGAGACAUCGAAGUCGGCGUUGAGCGCUUCUUUGCUGCCACGCCGAAGCAGAAGACAGGAGAAAGACUGUCAAGUGGUAUCCUCGAGGACAUUGCCACUCAAAUCCAUCAUACUAUCCUUGCCGUGCCUGAUGCGACUAAGCGUAGUGAUCUUUGGGAGUCAUUGAUCGUCGUUGGGAACGGUAGCAGAGUCAAGGGUUCGUGAUUCUACCCUCCACACUCAACCAUUUACUAAUUGUCAUAGGCUUCACCCAAGCACUGCUCGCUACUAUCACUCAAAAGUUUGUCCUCUCGCCCUCCGGCACCAUCUUCACAUCCGAGAUUCCGUCUAAUUUCUCCACACCACUCCCCACCGGCGGCACAAAUACCCCUGCGCCACAAAUGCCCGGCCCGAUGCACCACCCGGGCGGCCAUGGGGUGAACCCUCUUCUUGUCGCCGCAACACACUCCAACAAUCCCGCUGCCCCGAGCAUGCCACCUGGGACCCCCUCAAUGGACCCUUCUCUUUCUCACCACCGUCACACCGGGCACUCACAGACACCCACGUCGGUGCGGACAGUAAAGCCGCCAGAGUACUUCCCCGAAUGGAAGGAACAAACUGCGUCGAAUGCUGCCUCACAAAACGCUCCCGGCCUCAAUGGACCCGGCGGCCCGGCUUCAGGUGGUAGUCAUCGGGGCAUGGAAGAAGCCGUGUUUCUUGGGGCCCAGGUUGCAUCCAAGGUUAUUUUCGUCCUAGAUCAAGGCCUGAGCAAGGGUUUCAUGAGCCGCGUGGAGUACAACGAGAACGGCCCGUCAGCGAUCCACGAGUAUGUGAUGUGAUUUUUACCACAGACGGACUCCGAGUGUUGGUUGAUGGAUUGAAUUUGAUUGAUUAUUCGAUUUUAUAUACGGCCACUCACGGUCGUGGUUCACAAAUCUGAUCUCGGCAGUUUGUAUCCUUUUGGUUCUGUAUUCUAUACGAGGGGCGUCCUUUCGCUGUCAGAAAAGCAGUCUGUCUUCGGAUGCUGGUAGGGUAGCUGGAGUUUGUUCUAAUACUAGUAGAUAUUAUUCGAUGCACGCUUUACAGGCUUAAGCUCCCCUGUAGUACUACCUAAGCAUUGUGUCACUUGAAGUCCAGAAUUCCAGCUUCUUGGCAACUUUAAGAGGAG